AAAAAACAGCAGUCAGUGUUAAGCUGUUGUAUGGGGAGGGUGUAGCAGCCGUUGUGAGAACCGAUUGAAGUGUUUUCAGUUAGAACCAUGUCUAACAGGACCGGAACUUUUAAGAAUCCAUUCCAAAGACCAUGGAUGUCGGAAAGUGGCGCAGCGGCUGCAGCUGGGGGCUCAGGAUCAGUGGGAAUGAAAGGAGUCGUUGCCGGCGGCAUUACUGGUGGCAUUGAAAUUUGUAUUACAUUCCCAACGGAAUACGUAAAAACACAACUGCAAUUAGACGAAAAAGGUGGUACCAAGAAGUACACAGGCAUCGGAGACUGUGUAAAGAAAACCGUGCAGGGCCAUGGUUUCUUCGGGCUGUACAGGGGGCUCAGCGUGCUGCUGUACGGCUCCAUACCCAAGUCUGCCGUCAGAUUUGGCGUAUUCGAGCAAGCUAAACUAUACAUGGUGAACGACAAUGGCACCCUCAGCAACACUGGAAAACUGGCGUGCGGGUUGGCUGCCGGCGUGGCCGAGGCCGUGUUCGCGGUCACCCCCAUGGAGACCGUGAAAGUCAAGUUCAUCAACGACAUGCGGAUGGAGAAGCCCAGGUUCAAGGGCUUCUUCCAUGGCGUGAGGACUAUUGUUAAGGAAGAAGGUGUUGGCGGAGUAUACAAGGGCGUCACGGCGACAAUAAUGAAACAGGGCAGUAACCAAGCCAUCCGGUUCUUCGUGAUGGAGUCUCUGCGAGACUGGUACAAGGGCGGCGACCGCGACAAGCCCGUGCCUAAGUACAUCGUGGGGCUCUUCGGUGGUAUCGCCGGAGCCGCAUCCGUAUUCGGGAACACACCCAUCGACGUCGUCAAAACCCGCAUGCAGGGCCUCGAAGCGUCCAAGUACCGCAGUACAUGGGACUGCUUCAUCAAAACCUGGAAGUCAGAAGGCCCCCUCGCCUUCUACAAGGGCACGGUUCCUCGCCUGAGCAGAGUGGUGUUCGAUGUGGCUAUCACGUUCACUAUCUAUGACAGUAUCAUGGAUAUGUUUAACUAUGUGUGGAAGUAAGGGGUUAUAUUGUGGGGUACGCCUGGUAUAAGUUACAUCAAUGUAUUUUAGCUAUUCUGGCUAUGUUCUGUCAUUAUCAGUUUAAUCACAUCAAGAUAAAGUGAAAGAUAAAUGAUAUUCUAAAGUAUAAUUUAAAAUAUAAUUUUAUUAAGAGCAAAUCAACGAUACAAUAUAUUAUCGUUUCUUUGAUAGUGAUGAAUUAAAAUUCCAAAGAAAACUACACCAUUGUUGUAACUUAUAACAGUGAUAGUGUACACAUUUUUUGGUCUCAAGAGCUCAACGCGAGACUAGUGAUUCUCUAUCCAAACAUUUUUAUGACAUUACAACACAAUGCUUGUAGUUAAAUGCUUUGAAAGAGUAAGGGUUCCUUUUGAUGUGUUUUUCCCGGAUGGGUACUCUUAUUACUCUUAACCCGAUACAGAAUGCUUUAAAACGGACUCGUAAGUUUGAUUUGAGCCUCUUAUAAACGGGUGGUAGUAGCUUGCACUUGUUGUUGAUAUAUUUAUGGAAAGUAAGGCUUACUGAGACACGGGUCUUUUGAUUCUACAAUUAUAAUUUACGUGACAAAUAUUUAAUCCUAAAACAAUUUUUUUAUUACUAUAUUGACUUACUUGUGACAAAAGACCAUUAGGAAUUGAAGAAUCGUUGUAGGAUAUUGCACUAGUGCUUUCGGCGGUAUUUAGCUGUCCGCCCGUUUAUAAAAUUAUAACUUUGGAAAUAGUCACUGUCACAUUUGGAGAGGACUUAGUAGUUAUCGAAUAUGCUAAAGAGAGCUAAAUGUGGUAGAUGAUAUGUUGUAACGCGUAUAGUGAAAAAUACAAUAUUAUCAUUUUUAUCUUCCAGCCAUAACGCCUAAGUAUAACUUGUCAAUAUGAGGUUUUUUUUACACAAUAGAUUAUUCUUAUAUAAUAUUGUAUUUUUUACUAUAUUUUGUGAUAAAACAUGAAGUUAUUAGUCAUUAUCUGCGUAGUUGUACAAAUGUUCAUGCGCUUGACAGAUGUAAGUGAAAUGUAAUCGCGUAUAGUAAGUGUUAUUUUUUUGUAAUAUCAUCGAAAGUAUAUUUUUGUAGGUGUACAGAUAUAAACAGUUUAUGGUGUUGACCGUAUUUAUUACUCAUGACUUUCAGCAGGGUUUCUUGUUUCAUGUAUUUUUUGUUGUUUCUUUGUUUUAUAAAAGUCUUUGAUUAUGUGGUAGCGAGGUUUAUUACAAUGAAAUGUAUUUUGUAUUUUACGAGUUAUUUUUUAAAAUUUUAUGCAGAGACAUGGCAUGUGAUAAUUUAUGUUUAAAACAAAACGAUAUACAUUUGCAGAAUGUAUCCGAAUUUGUAUGUAUUGUGAUGUUUUUAUAACUACAGGUUUUUAUAUAUUUUUUAACGGAACAGUUUCCUAAUAUAAAUAGUUAUAGGUAUGUACAAAUGAUGAAUUCAACGACUACAUAACGAUAUUAGAAUCGUUUAAUUUUAAACCAUUUAUUAGUACCAAUGCAUUUCUUUUUGUACUCCUUCAUUUCUGAUCCUUUAAGACCUCUAGAGCACGAAAUUUGCGAAAUAUCCCCUUUUUAUCAUCAGAAUACCUAUUGGCAAAUCGAGAGGUCUUAUUCGGACAUUCCAUUGAUAUCUGCUUUUAAUUACAAAUAAUUAUAUUAUAUUAUUGUUUUCAUAAUGUUGACAUGUUGCUAUUAUUUAUUUAUUUUCGUUUUUAUGAAAUUAAAAUUGUGAAAUGAAA